AAAUAAUGCAAUGAAACCGGUAACAAUCGUGUCCACAGAAAUACACACCCACACACACAAAUAAUAAGUAUUAGCUAGAAUAAUGCAUGGGGGCAAAGACAUUUCGCCAAAGACUACGAAAUGAUCCAAAACUUGAAGACCCUUAAGAGACUACUAAGUCGUCGAUAGCUUCAACCUCUCUUUUCUUAUCUCUCAAAUAUUUUAUUCUUAUUCUCUACCAUAUAUCUUCACCUCUCUAUUCUAUAUAAAUGCAUAAACUUGAGUCACGCUGAUAAGUAAAUUAAGAAAGGAAUAUUCAUUAAGAUGGCAUCUUCUAUAGUCUCUUCCAUGUUUCUCUUUCUCCUUCUUCUUCUUGUAUUUCCACAUAUAGAUAAUGUCCUUGGCGCACGAAUGGAACUCCGUGAACUUGGAGAGAUAAAUUAUGCUGAUCCACUAGGUUUUACUCGGCCCAUUGUCCCCAUUCAUGUUCCGGGUUUUCCGCCUCGGCGGCCAACUAUUCCGCAGUUACCACCAUAUCGUCCCAGAAGGUGCCCUUUCUGUUAUCCUCCUCCUCCCCCAAAGGCUUUCCCAAAAAACUCACCAAGUCACUGAUGUCACUAUAGCUACGAAAUUGCGUCAAUAAAUGUAUGCACGUUAAUUUGUUUCAUUUGUGAUGUGUGGGGCUCUUUAUCUAUUAUAUGCAUGUCACGUGUUUGUCAUAUUUGCAAUGUAUCAUGUAUGUGGCUCUUUAUCUAUUAUAUGCAUGUGUUUGUCAAUUGUCAUAUUUGCGAUGUAUCAUGUAUGAUGUAUGUGGGCUCUUUAUUUAUUAUAUGCAUGUGUUUUUCAUAUUUGACAGAUUUAUCGAAUGCAAAUACACACAUCUUCUAUC